ACUACAAAGAAGAAAUUGGGCAUUUACCAUUAAUUAUUAUCCAUUCCCUUCUAUUCUACACAAAACACAUAAACACUGCGGAGUCCGAUUGCUUCGGUGACUACCUCCACUCCACUCUCCUCCUUAUUCUCUCUUAACCAGAAUCCCCAAUUAAAUCCCUCUUCAAAAAAAUUCCAAACCAAACAGACCCUAACAACAACCCUUCGCCGGAGUCGCAACAGAAUGGCAGAGGUUCCGGCGCCGGAGGCACAGCUCAACGGCGGAGCCCCAACAACGGCGGCGAAUUCCUCGGAUCCCAUCGGAUCGAAGCGGCAGCGGCGGCCGAGCGUCCGAUUGGGCGACAUCGGCGACCAGCCCUACGACUCCCACCCCCGCCGCGCCGCAGCGAAAACGUGGCGCCUCGCCUUUGACCACCCCCGGAACUCCGCCGCCGCCAAGCCCUCCAAGACCCGCCCCCUCACGAACCUCACCCCCGCCGCUGCCGAGUUCGGCGAAACCCUAGAGAGCGACGGCAACGUGGACAGCGUUGUAAUUGGAAGCUGGAAGGUUAAGGACUCCAAGAAGCGCGGCGGCUCGAAGCGAAUCAGAUCCAAUUGGAUUUCGCGAAUCGACGGCGGCGAAGAGGAUGACAAAGACGUCGACGUCGGCGUCGUCGACGGUUACCACCACCGAGACUUCUCCGCGGAACACUCCCAAAGCCCCUUGAGGGAGGAGCAGAGCCCUAUUAUGGAGAAUUUGGGCGUGGAUGAAGAAAGAGAGGUGCUGCAUUACCACGAAAGGAAUGGUAAUUCUGGAAGAGGAGACGGUGUUAGGGUUUGGCUCAAUGGGUUAGGGUUAGGUCGUUACGCUCCCGUCUUCGAAAUUCACGAGGUUGAUGACGAGGUUUUGCCCUUGCUAACCUUAGAGGAUCUUAAGGAUAUGGGGAUUAGUGCUGUUGGGUCGAGGAGGAAAAUGUUUUGUGCGAUUCAGAAGCUUGGGAAAGGGUUCUCCUGAGUUGAGUUGGGGCUUUUUGAUACUAAAUUUUCUCAGCCAUUGCGAAUUAAGAUGCAUGUCUGAAUGAACUCUGAUGAGUUGUAGAAUGCAGAAAGACUAAUCACGAGAAGGGGGAAAACGAUAGAAAGGUUUUGGUUCUAAUAAGGGAAAGUGCUGUUUUAUUAUGUUGGUAAUUUCUGGCUCUCUUGGCCUUUUUGUAUUUGUUGACAUGCUCUGUUAUUCUGAUAGUAAUCGUGACGGCCAUUUUUUGUUUUUGUUUGUUUUGCA